CUCCCGAGAGCUGAAACGCCCUUCCUUCUUUCCUUCCAGUUCCAUCGACGCCGAGGCUAUUGGACUCUUCCCCAAGGAAACCCUAAUCGAUCGGGACCGCCGAUCUCCCCAGAUCCAACGGCCUGGAUCAGUCGGCGAUGUUGCCGUGCUGCUUCGAUCGCAGUUUCGUCCCCCAUAAACCCUAGCCCCGUAGAUAGAUAGAGACACCUAUACACAUCUCUCUCUCUCUCUCUCUCUCUCUCUCUCUCUCUCUCCAUCUCGAUCUCGACGAGAUUUACGUCAAUCGCUCUGCGUCGCCGAUCUCCAACCCCUCCCUCUCUCUCUCUCUCUUCUCUCUCUGUGUGUGUGUCUCUCUCUCUGUGUCUGGCGUUGUGUAGGUGGGUGGAGGAAGGAGAAUAAGGGGGGAAAAGGUUGGAUCUUUACUUGUCUGUUUCUUGGGCGAUCGCCGUGUUUUUUUUUCGUGGGUCGGGGGAUCGAUCGGCUCGAUUUGGGCGGUUCACUGUGCUCGUUCAGUCGAUGUGGGGUCACGUGCCCUUUUCCUUAAAACCGACCGAGGAGGCGUAGUCUCAGUCUCAGUCUCAGUCUCGUCGUCGUGCGAUUGACUGUAGUUUUCUUGGGGUGGGGUCUUCUGGUUUUUUUGGCCCGUGCAUGGUCCUGACUGGGUGUUGGUCGGAAGGGGGCACCGAGCGUCUCGUUCCGUUAAGUGGGUCGUCGUCGUCCUCGUCGCCGUCGCGGGAGGGAUCGGCUUAGUCGACCGGGUGAUCCGGCGAACCGGGUGGGGAGCGGGGGCGGGGGGGGGGGGGGGGGGAUAGGAGAUUGAGCGGUCGGGUGGUGGGGUGUCCGAUUUUUUGGGAGCGCGGCGGCGAUGCCAUCGGUUGGCAUGCGACGGACCACGAGGGUGUUCGGAGUGGUGAAGGGCGUCGACGGGGCGCGGGUGUUGCGCUCCGGCCGGCGCCUGUGGCCGGAGUCGGGCGACGGCAAGCUCAGGAAGGGCGGCGAGAGGGAUGAGUGGUAUAGCAUCAUAGACAGCAGAGGUGGUAGCGGGAAUGGAGCUGUUGGUGGUCUCAAGUCCAAGCAGGUUGGGUUGGCCAAGAUUGUGAGUCCAAAGCGCGAGGUUGCUGUUUUUGAAAUGGAGGAUGAUGAAUUCGAGAAGCCUGAUGUAAAAACUGAGUCUUUGAUCGGUAGGGACAAUGUGGAUAGGAUGUCUGGGAUUGUCUAUAGCAGGAAAAGGAAGAGAGAGGCGGUGCCAAGCUCGGAGAUCGGUGAUGGUAAGAAGUAUGGGAUUCACUUCUUUAGGAGACAGAAAAGGAAGAGUGGUGGUGCUCUCCAGGGUUUUCGGGCGCUUUCUGUGGUUUUGGAGCUGCCACAUGGAGAAAAUUCUGCGGUUGUUGGCCUUUUGUGUUCUGUUCUGCAGUACAUGAAGAGGGCCUGCAUAAGAUUGUCUGCACUUUCAAAGUUUAUCAUGUCAGAGCCGCUUCAAGGUGUCUAUGCAUUGCAUGGAAUUCAUUUUUCACGGGAGUGUCCUUCCAUUUUCAGCUCCGGGACAUGCAAGUUCUUUGGAUCUAGGCAGUUUACACCUAUUUUUUGUGUGGAUUUUUCUGCAGUUCCCUUUUGUUUCAUGUACAUGCAUUUUAGUAUGCUUCUCCAACAUCGAUUUGUGCCAUUGGCUCCUGUAAAUAAUUCAGCGUUGGUGCAUACAAACAAUGGUUCGGUGACUGCGGAAGAGGAGGAGCUCUCGGACGAAGAUUAUUCUUUUUUGCCUUCAGAAAGCAAAUCAGCAGGUGACGUUGAAGUUCCAGGGAGUGAGUUGCUGCUGCACGUGUCUUCUAGAGGCGCUAAGGUUGAUAAUCGAUCUCCACAACAUAGAUAUGGGUCGAAUUCUCGUGGCAUAAGGAAAAGGAGGAGUUCACUGAGGUCAAGGAGGAGAGCUAGAAAUCCUUCGCUAGCAUGUGUGAGGAAAUGUAAUGGAGCAUUAGCCUCAGACUUAGUCAGUGCUAAGAAGAAUGGAUUCCCAUUUUCCUCAAUAAUAUCUGGCAACAAGAGAAGAUCUGUUCGGACUAGGUCUGCUGGAAAUAUUGAUGAGAUGAGUGCUACUACGACCAGACUUCAACCGGAUACAGAUAUAUUAUCCUGUAAUGCAAAUGUACUGAUUACUGAUUCAGACAAGUGUUUCAGGGAAGAAGGUGGAAAUGUUAUGUUGGAGCUUUUAGACUCUGGAGAGUGGUCUCUUGUUGUCAAAAGAGGGGGACUGAUAAGAUAUGCCCACAAGGCACAAGAAGCUAUGAAGCCUUGUUUCUCCAACCGUUUCACCCAUGCAAUGGUUUGGGCGGGGGAUGGUGAUUGGAAACUGGAAUUUCCUGACCGAGAUGAUUGGUUGAAAUUUAAGGAUCUUUACAAGGAAUGUUUUGACCGAAAUAAGCAGGUUGUAUCUCCUAAGGCUCCUCCUGUUAAGAUAAUACCUGUUCCGGGGGUAUAUGAAGUAUUAGGAUAUGAAGAAGAAAAUUCUGUACCCUUUACAAGACCAGAAUUUUAUAUUACCUUGAGUGCUGAUGAGGUGUCAAGAGCCAUGGCCAGUAAGACUGCAAGUUAUGACAUGGACUGUGAAGAUGAGGAGUGGCUUCAUAAAUUCAAUAACGAGUUCUUUGCUGAAAAUGAUCCACCUGAGCGUGUGUCAGAGGACACCUUCGAGCUUAUGAUUGAUGCAUUUGAGAAGGCUUUCUAUUGCAAUCCUCAUGAUUUCUUGAAUGAGAAACCAGACCCUGAUCUUAGACUGGACAUAGAGAGAAAGGAUGUUGUGGAAGCUGUGUACCGUUAUUGGAUGAAGAAACGGAAGCAGAGACGAAUGGCAUUGGUCAGAGUAUUUCAGGGUCAUCAAUCGAGAAAAGCUCCCCUGGUUCCCAAGCCUGCCCUGCGUAAGCGGAGAUCAUUUAAAAGGCAGGGAAGCCAGCACGGACGAGGCAAGCAACCGGGUCUCUUGCAAGCAUUGGCAGCAGAAAGAGAUGCGCUGGAGGAACAGAGCGCCUUGCGGAAAGUCGAGGAAGCUCAAGCAUCAGCUAACAGAUCCUUGGAACUCGCGAUGGUGAAACGUCAGAGGGCUCAGUCGCUCAUGGGAAACGCUGACUUGGCUGCCUACAGAGCCACCAUGGCUCUCAGAAUUGCCGAAGCAGCUCAAGUCGUGGAGUCCCCUGAUGUAGCGGCUGCCCAUUUUCUCGACUAACAAUGACAGAGAGUGGGGUAUGGUCGUGGCGGGCGAAUCGGAACUGCCUGUGUUAUUUCUUUUCCUCCUCUCUAAAUUCAAGAAGAGUUUUUAUCUUCUGGAGUUGUCGGAGGCAAUUGUGAGCCACGGUUUUUCCAAGAGCCUUUUGGGGGGAUUGUAAUUUUUGUACAGUAUUGGUUGAAUGUGUACAUGCUGUAUCACUAUGACCUCACAUCGCAGCAGCAGCAGCAGAUGUGUACCCAGGAAAUUUCUUUGGAGUUCGUCGGAGGAGCCAAAAAAGAAAAAAAAAAAAAGGAGGGAAAUACAGGAAAUAUUUAAGUCAA